UGUAGAAUCAAAACAAAAAUGAAACCAUCACUCGAGCGCAGGAUUGUUGAUUUUCGAUUUCAGUAGUGAUUUACAUCCAGUUUUGAACGCGUCGAUUUACGUAACAGUUCCCACAAUAAAGUUUCCGGCUGCCAAUUGUCGAAUUGUCGAUAAGGAUGUCUGCGAAAAAGGGACUCGAAUUUCUACGUGCUGUUUCAAGCUACAUGACUAAAACCAAUGGUUAUGAUAGGUGUUUACAGCAGCUCAAAAUGGUCAGCGGAGGUGAUGGGAAAUGUACGGCCGAAUUCAAAGUCGCCGAAGAACAUCUCAACCGGGCGGGUGGACUGCACGGUGGGUUCACCGCGACCAUUGUAGACGUCGUAACAACGUACGCACUGAUGACAAAAGAUAACUGCCUGCCCGGGGUGUCGGUCGAUAUCCACGUGACGUAUCUGAAGGCCGCGCGGGAAGGUGACGAUGUUGUUAUCGAUGCCAACACUAUCCGGGCUGGGAAGAAUUUGGCCUUCCUAGAGUGUGAGCUACGGCACAAGAAAGAUAAUUCGGUCAUCGCCAGGGGACAACACACAAAGUACAUCGGUAGCGGGGGUGGUAAGCCAAAGGAAUAGUAAUUGGCGGAGGGCUUUCUUUCAGCGUGUAGUAAAAUUUAAGAAAAAAAUCCGAUAGCAAUUCGAAAAGAGGAUAAAAGUUGUAAUCAUGUUUAUUGAUUCAAAUUUGUUGUAUUGUUUUGUGCAAUGCAAUGGUUGCAGUUUCAUUUUCAAUGUGAAUCACCUUUUUUGUUGUUGUUGGUAAAACUAGUUUUGAACUUG